AUGAUGGUGGAUAGAAUCCUUAGGCUCCUCACCCGCCACUCUAUUCUUAAUUGCUCUGCUGUUGCUGCUAAUGGUGGGUCUGAUUUUCAGAGGGUCUACAGCCUUGGCCCUGCGUCUAAGUACUUUGUGAAAGAUGAAGAGGGUGGUUCUUUGGGCCCCGUGUUGACAUUGAUUCAAGACAAGGUCUACAUGGAAAGCUGUUUAGUUUAA